ACGAAAUACAGCUGAUUUAUGACGGUCUGGCAACAUACUCAGUUUUUUCAGAUAAUCGCGACAAAAUUAAUUUAUAAACAUGCAAAAAUAUGAUAAAAUGGAAAAAAUUGGUGAGGGCACUUACGGGACAGUGUUCAAGGGCCGGAACCGAGAUACUAUGGAAAUAGUAGCACUAAAAAGAGUACGUUUAGAUGAGGACGACGAAGGCGUGCCUAGUUCCGCGCUGAGAGAGAUAUGCCUACUGAAGGAAUUGAAGCACAAAAACAUUGUUCGGUUAUGCGACGUGCUGCACUCCGAUAAAAAAUUGACACUCGUGUUUGAGCAUUGCGAUCAGGACUUAAAAAAGUACUUUGACAGUUUGAAUGGAGAAAUCGAUAUGGCAGUGUGUCGAAGUUUUAUGCUACAACUGUUGCGCGGUUUGGCCUUUUGUCACAGCCACAAUGUGCUACAUCGAGAUCUAAAGCCACAAAACUUGCUCAUCAAUAAGAAUGGUGAACUUAAGCUGGCCGACUUUGGUUUAGCCCGCGCCUUUGGGAUUCCAGUCAAAUGCUAUUCUGCCGAGGUGGUAACGCUGUGGUAUCGUCCCCCAGAUGUGCUCUUUGGCGCCAAAUUAUAUACGACUAGCAUUGACAUGUGGUCGGCUGGUUGCAUAUUGGCUGAAUUGGCUGACGCAGGUCGUCCACUAUUUCCUGGCUCUGAUGUGAUCGAUCAAUUGCUGAAAAUAUUCCGGGUGCUUGGCACACCAACUGAGGAAUCUUGGCCCGGUGUCUCGCACCUCUCCGAUUAUGUUGCGCUUCCAUCAUUUCCACCAAUUACUUCGUGGAGCCAACUUGUACCAAGACUGAACUCUAAGGGCCGUGACUUAUUGCAAAAACUGCUCGUGUGCCGUCCGAAUCAAAGAAUUAGCGCCGAAGCUGCCAUGCAGCACCCGUAUUUUACAGACAGCUCAUCUUCGGGCCAUUAGUUAAUUGAUGGCAAACAAGUUCACUAUAUACAUAACACAAUAUAAAUAAUAGAUGUAGUUCUAACGACUGUUUCAAUAAUAUUUGAAUAUAAAUUGUAUGUAUGUAUAUUUUAGAAUCGGAUUCCUUUUUAGUUUAUUUACACAUUUCGUUUUAUCUUCAAUUCAAUACAAUGCAAUCCUAUUACAUAGUUUUUACCAAAAUUAUAAACCAUGAGUAGAAUGCCAUCAGUUGUAAUAUUUUAAAUAUAUUUAAGUAAGUUAAGAACCAAAUUUGCAUCUGUACCUAGUCACUCAAAAUAUAUAGAAUAAAUCUUACAAAAAAUUUACGUACCCAAAAAAUGCCUUCUUAUCAGAUCAACUCAUGUCUGUGGCAACCCACAGCAUCAGCUAAGGGUUAAUGCGAGAAUCCAAUGCGCACU